AUGCGCAACAUUGCCUCGACGACUUGUUGUUUUUUUAACCUGGCUGGUUGCAAGUCGAAGGAGGGUGGAGCGUGUGACGCUGUGACGCUGGUUGGUUGCGAUUCUCAUGUGCACUCUCCGAGACACGCACUCACUUGCGCACUGACGCCUCUUUGGCAAAAUGUCCACCUCGCGAGUGAGCAGCGUUGUUGGCCUGUACUGGUUUGUGCACUCGGGCCGGAGGGGGAGGGGGCUUGGUGGAGGAGGGGGAAGGAGAAGCCUUCACAUUUUCCCGUAUCGGACCGCGGAUGCGCUGGCAUCCCGGUUGACAGCGUCACGGACCCGGCACCACCACUCCCCCCCCGCCACCCCGGUUACAAAUCGUCAAAGUAG